CACCAAUCAGCGCGCCGCAUAUUUCCUGGCUAAAUCAGGACACAGGUGGUUGUAGAAAAACGUCACCGGUGUAAACAUGGCAGUUCCUGGUGUUGGGAAAAAAAAACACGUAAAAAUGUUAUCUCUGCAAUUUUCGUCCCCUUUUUGACUGUCUGGCGAUUCUGAGAAGCCUGAGAGAGAAUCAGGAAGGCGCGGAAAGGGACAGGUGUGUUUUUGACAGGUGUGUUUCCGCGUAUUUCUGUCCAGGUGUGAGAGGGUCAAGACACUGUAACGUUACCUCAGGGUCCCCGCGAACACAGGACACACGUUCCGACAACGACGGGGAACCACCAUGUACGCGUGUGGCGUAGAGUGGCGCUCAGAACUGGACCUGUCCGAUAAGAUGCGGUCGCCGAUCUCGACACCGAUCGACUCAGACGACAUCUUCCUCCACUCGUUCGAGAUGGCCCUGGAGCGACAGAACGCGCUGAACGACUCGGGUAGAACGGUUGAUCCAGAGGAUCUGUACGCGCAGAUAGAACAAAAAGAGAAAGACUUGGUUUUAGCCGCGGAACUGGGAAAAGCGCUAUUAGAACAGAAUGAGGAACUGAAUAGGAAAGUGGAAAAGUUACAGGAGGACUUCAGCGAAAAAGUGGAGUUGUUGGAACAGGAGAAAUACGAGCAGAAACAGAAGCUGGACAGACUACAGGGGGAGUACGAGAGUCGACUGGCCGAUAUAGAAAACGACAUGACACAGUAUCAGUCUGCAGCGAGAGAUGCGCAGAGUAACCUGAGAGCCGUGGAGCGGGAGAAACUAGACGUGAUCGCCGACCUGUCCGAUCAGAACCAGAGACUAACAGAACAGCUUGGCAGGGCAUGUGAGUCAGAGAAGCAGCUGUCGUCCCAGCUCCAGGGUCUGAGAGAACAGUGUAAGGAACGGAACACCUCAGCAUCAGACCACAUGUACCAGGUCGACAGUCUUAACGCUGAGGUGAAGGUAUUACGUGAGCGUAACUCCGACCUGGAGAGAAGGUUGUCAGAUCUUGCGGAGGAGCGAGACGGUUUAGAGUCUACGCUGGACGCGUCGCACGAACGGAUCAUGCUGCUGGAGAGACAGAAACAGGAGAUGGAACACAAGCUGUGCCAGCAGCAGAGAGACCUGAGCGAGCUGCAGCAGUCCCAGAACCACCUGCAGGCCCGCGUGGACACGCUGCAGAGCUCGUACGGCUCGGGUUGUCACGGUAACGACCAGUCCCUGUACAGGGAGAUGGGCGACCUUGGGGCCAGCCUCAGCAGCUCCAUGAUGACCUUAGAUACUGCGGACAUGAACCUGGCCACGGGCAUCGGCCAUCAGCGUUUCCAUGACGAUGACAUAGAGGAGGAUUUUGACGGCGACCUGUUCUACGCGGACAUGAGUCACGACCGGCGCUCCCUGCAGCGCUCCAUGUCACACAGGGAGGAGGACGAACUGCACAAGGAGCCACAGCUAGAUUAUGUCAUGCUAGAAGCGUCCUACGGAAUCCUUUGUGUCAAACUCUCCCAGCUGCGUAAUGACGUGUUAGAGGCGUACGGUCAGCUGCAGGACCUGUGCAGCGCACUGCGGGACCGGACAGACGCAGACGGCAGCAGCAGCCGCGUCGAGGAGGCUGCAGAAAUCCUGCAGUCCGACGACCUCCGACCCGGUGACCUGCUCAAGGUCAUCGAGACCUUGAGACAUUACGUGGACGCCAUGUUGGAGCGAGAGAGGGCAGCGUUACAGGAGAAGUCUGAGAGAGAAGGUUACGCAGGCUCCGUGGAGCGGCUGCAGACAGAGCUGCAGUCAGCAACCCUGCAGCUACAGGAACUGCAGCAGGACAUGGAGGAGAGGGAGGGGGACAUCAGGGACAAGGAGCAGGAACUCGACGACUUAAGAUCUAAGGUGGUGCAGCAGGAGAAGCACAUCUCGGCUCUGCGUGAGGAGCGGGAGAUGAUGACAGGAGGAGACGAGGCGUUACUCCAGGCACUUAAAGACAGAGACAGUGCUAUCGAGAAACAAAACUCGAUGGAGGUUGAACUUGCGAAGGCGAAGAUUGACGUGAUGAACCUGGACAGUCAGCUGCUGGAGGCCAUUCAGCAGAAAAUCAGCCUCAGUCAGCAGCUAGAGGACUGGCAGGUGGACAUGCACACGCUGCUGAACAAGAAGGUUCGAGCGGAGCUUCAGAGCGAAGAACAGUCGUCCAAAAACAGCAGCAGCAACGGGAACGGUCGGCGCAAAUUCAGCCUCUGGCAUUGAGGAACACUCGCAGGGCCACACCAAUGCAGCUGCCUGGUUCUCGGACAUCUUCAGCAAAAAAAUAACUAAAAGCAGUAAAAAAUGGAGGGAUGGAA